UUUCUUUAUGCCGAUCACAUCAAGUUUGGACAGGCUACCGUUCGCCUGUGUUUAACUGGCAUUAACACAGCCGCGGAGGUAAACAAUCCCAAGGUUCCAAAAUGGAGAUCAUCAGGCGGUAGUUUUAGAACAGACGUACAACAAAACUCACAGACAUUUCCGGACUCGAUAUACAUCCAGUUCGGUGUAAGACAUUAUUGAAUUUCGGAACUAUACUGUUAAUGGGAUUAGCAUGGAUUAACGUUUUGCUUCGCUGUGCGAUUUCAUUGAAGUUUGCAGGCGGAUAUCAACAUUCCACAAUACAACUGUUGAAGGUAACAUUUAAAUAAACGAGUGUGUGCAAUUUAAAUACACAAAACCGUCGAGUCGUCUGCAGUGUAUACGGCGGUCAAUAUACCUGUGUUAGUAACUUCUCGUACAUCGUGGGAACUCACAUACAGUUGUUGUAACGGAGAAUGAGCUAACGCCUGGAUACAACCAACCAUGGAUUUCUCUAAGUUCCGGGAGUCCGGAGACCUGUCAGACAUCACUGUUAUAACAGCUGCCACGGAGUUUCGGCUACACAGGUUUCCGUUGUACGCCAAAUCUGAGUACUUUGUCAAGGUCAGUCGGGCAUCUCCGGCUGACAGCAACAGGGUGGAGCUUCUUGACUUCCCCGGGGGUGCGGACAUUUUCAGCAUUGUAGCAGAUUUCUGUUAUAACAUGAAAAUUGACAUGACCAAGAACAAUAUCGUGCAAAUCCGCUGUGCCGCGGAGUAUCUUCAGAUGACGGGGGCUGGUAAUCUCAUAGAGAUAAGCGAAAAGUUUUUACAAGACACCAUCACUUCCGGUAAACUCAGCCGCUCGACGGGCGCAAUAACAUCCCUACUAUUGUAUUGUGUUACCAUUGGUCCGUUAGCGGAAGUGUCGGGGAUAGUUGAAGCGUGCUCGGAUGCUAUGGUGGAGUCAUGGCUCAAACCGCCCACAAAAUUUACAGAUCCCAGCAACUUCAAGAAGCAGGGAGGCUCAUCAGAUAAACGCGAUGACAAGACAAUGAAAGGUCUGUGUAACUUACCACUGGAAUGGUUUGUGAAGCUGCUAACGUCAGCUAGAGAUAGUGGCGUUCGGCCCACUCUCCUUGCCGAUAUGGCCACUCGUUACAUCAGCCUUGUCUUAGAUAGGGACGAUAGUGAAAAGAGUUUACAAGAUGCCGGUUCAAAACCGGGAAAAGAAAAUGUUGAAAAAACAACAGGUAACGCAGAUCUGGUCAAAAACACAAAGAAAAUAGAUACAGGUCACGUGUUAGAUGCUGUUAUAAUGGAACUUCCGGAAGAAUCGUUUUCUGAUGACGUAAUGACCAUUGAUUGGAUCACAAGGGCUUUUAAGUUGGCCACGUUGUGCGGUUGUCGUUGUAGGCGACCAUUAGUGAAAGCGGCGGGAGAAAUAAUGAACAAACUUGCACCGGAUGACCUAUGUAUUAUCUCGCCUUCCCUCUUACGUGACAUCGUUCAGGAAUCAUGUAAUGAUGAGGGAGAGGCAGAAAGGGCCUGUAGGAUCAUAGACACCUAUAUGGCGGAGAUGGUGAGGAAAGGCGUGUUAACGGGUGAAACUUUUCGCCUUCUGGCAUCGGCAGCUCCGGACGAGGCCCGCAAAAGUCAUGAUCAGCUUUAUGGCAUACUUGAGUAUGUCCUUACGGCAGAGAGAGAUAAAAUGAGCGAUGACCAACGACAGGAGCUUAUUAACAGGAUCAACUUCACCCUAGUGAGCGAAGAAGUAUUGCGACAAGCACUCGCCUCGGACUUCAUUCCUCCGGCGUACGUGGCAAAGGGCGCAUUGGCAUUGUGUACUCGUCUCAAGAAAGAUCUAGAUGUGAUGACAGCUACAGUAUCCAAACAAGACGAGGAGCUCCGAAGAUACAACUACAGUUACAAGAGAGGGAAAGUGACGACAACUCCCGCGCCCAGAUCGGCGUAUAGCUCAGCCCCUCCUUACCAACGAGGGGGUCUCUCCGACACAGAUUUCGAACCCACGAAAGACAGCGAUCCUCUCAAGGUUCUUGACAACAUGCUGAGCGGGACGGACAGACAGACAGACGAAGUUCUGUCAUCAGCAAGAAACAAACUUGCUUCCGGUGCCGGUGCUGGGAUUCCAUACAACUCCUUCCGGCCUGUUCAGUCGGGUGAGCAUGACAUUAGUUUCGAGGACGAACUGGAGUUUAAAUACGAUCGCGCAUUCCGGGCCAUGGACAACUCUAGAAGCAAGCCUCGUUCUGGCGGAUAUGGAUAUAGAUCAUCUUUCCGGUACUAAUUCGAGCCUCGUUUCGGCGAAAAUUUGAGAGAGCGUUAGCAUAAAACAUGCAUUCAGAUUCUGGCCUCGUUGGACUUCAUCGAUGCUAACAAACAAUUUUCUAAUUCAAAUGAUGUUUUGUUAUUUUUUUUAUUGUAUUGUUACUCUGAAAUCGAAGUUUAAUGUUUAGUGAUGUUUUAUGCAGUCUUGUGUGUUCUGAGAAACCACGUUUUUGAAGAUGUCUAGGAAACUCUGUGAACUAGCGUUGUGGCAUUAUACCAAUUGCUAUGGACGUGACGCACAUGAAAAUUGUUUGCUCUGUAAGAAAGUCAUUUUAACGAAUAAUAUUACACUGUUAAUGAUGGUAUUUUCAUUUUACUCUCUUUAUUGUCCUCCCGGAGGUAGACGUGUCACCUGGAUAUUUUAUGUGUCACUUGGUUUUCGCGUGUCAUUGGAUGUGAUAGGUGUCACUGAUAUAAACCGUGCCAUUUUUAAGUUGACAUUUACCCCCAAUUUAUACAAUAGAAGAUGUGUGUGAAAACUAGUAGAUGACGCUGAGAGACCAAUUUCACAGUGGAUUCAUUUUUGUACAGUGCAGCAUCUGUUACGAUGUGAGUAUACUAUAAUAAUUAAUUGUCCAGUGUUUGUACGCAGAAUGCGGCUUUCUGAUUGGUUGCGUUUGUCUUCAUAACUCUAUGAAAACAAUUCCGAAAAUGGCGCGAAAUAUGUGACGUCACAAUACGGUCAUUUACAUUGCGUAUUGAUUUGUGAAAAAGAAUCCCUUAUAAGAUCAGUUCAAUUGUACAUAAAACAUGUUUUAAUUUCUAAAAUCAAUAUCACUAAUCAAUUAAAUGCGUUGAUGUCAAUUAUUUUUUAGUUCCAUAAGGAUAUGAAAAAAAAAUAUUUGCAAACAAUUUUUUUUUCAUACCCCAAUGAAACUAAAGAAAAAAUGACAUCAAUGCUUAAAUAAAAGAUUGUAUCCCUAUUUAGGAAUAGUUAGUUUGGACCCGAUAACCGGCAUGUAUUUGUUGUUAUCAAAGACAGCAUUGGUGAUAAUAUAACCUAAUGGUUAAGGGAACUAACAACAUAAAUGUAUGACGUCACGAAUAUAGAAUUAUAAAGCUAGUCAUAAAACAUUACAUCAUUAUUUUUUUCAUAAAUAUUUUACAAAAUGACAGCAACUAAUAGACCAAAUAACUUCUGUGUAUUGAGAUAAAUUACAGGCGCCUGAUUCGUGACAUACCGAUGUUUGACGUUAAGUGAAGGACAUGCGCCUUGUGUGUUACAUUAGGGGAAUGUCAGGUCACGGACAUACGCCUAAAUGAGUUACUUCAGGUGACGGAUAUGCGCCUAAAUGUGUGACAUACCGUGUAAGACAUGUGCCUAUUGUGUUAUGUUGAAUGAUGACUAUACUGAAUGAUGGACACGCACCUGGCAUUUCAUGGUACAUGUACGUGAACGAGAUGCGCCUGGUAUGUGACGUUACGUGAAUGACAUGUGUCGGAUGUGUUAUUUUACACGAAGGGCAUCCCUAGUGCGUCAUGUUUCUCGCUGGACAUCCAGCUAGUAUGUGACGUUACGUGAAGGAUGUACGCCUGGUGUGUGACGUUACGUGAAGGAUGUACGCCUGGUAUGUGACGUUACGUGAAGGAUGUACGCCUGGAAUGUUGUGUUACGUGAAGGAUGUACGUCUGGUGUGUGACGUUACGUGAAGGAUGUACGCCUGGUGUGUGACGUUACGUGAAGGAUGUACGCCUGGUAUGUGACGUUACGUGAAGGAUGUACGCCUGGAAUGUUGUGUUACGUGAAGGAUGUACGUCUGGUGUGUGACGUUACGUGAAGGAUGUACGCCUGGUGUGUGACGUUACGUGAAGGAUGUACGUCUGGUGUGUGACGUUACGUGAAGGAUGUACGCCCGGUGUGUGACGUUACGUGAAGGAUGUACGUCUGGUGUGUGACGUUACGUGAAGGAUGUACGUCUGGUGUGUGACGUUACGUGAAGGAUGUACGUCUGGUGUGUGACGUUACGUGAAGGAUGUACGCCUUGUGUGUGACGUUACGUGAAGGAUGUACGUCUGGUGUGUGACGUUACGUGAAGGAUGUACGCCUUGUGUGUGACGUUACGUGAAGGAUGUACGUCCGGUGUGUUGCGUUACGUGAAGGAUGUACGUCUGGUGUGUUGUGUUACGUGAAGGAUGUACGUCUGGUGUGUGACGUUACGUGAAGGAUGUACGUCUGGUGUGUUGUGUUACGUGAAGGAUGUACGUCUGGUGUGUGACGUUACGUGAAGGAUGUACGCCUGGUGUGUGACGUUACGUGAAAGGUGUGGCUUCAAUUGUAGGACAUGUACUUAAUGUGUGACGUUGGGAAAUUGAACUUUAUUUUUUCCUAUUCAUAUUAUGGUUCUAUCUCAAAAACGCAAGUAUAUCUCCUGACCUCUCCAACAAUAGAACAUUCGAAUAUUUGUUUUUGUUUACAAAAUAGAUAUGAUUAACCCGGAAAAAAUCUGCCCAGACGUAAUUUCCUAAAAAAAAACACACCAAAAAAAAAAAUAACGGUAUAUAAACUCCCGUGUUCCUUG